UGAAAACUUCACCGUUGAUGUUUGCUAGCAUACACAUUUUGUCGGUCACAUCGACUUUUUCGGACAGCUCGUUGGCUUUUGAUCUUGAGGAUGGUUAUUCCUAAAUUGACCUAGAGUUGUAUGAAAAUUGUGCUACUUUUAAGUAGGGUUCAGUGAUGUUGGCCUGAAUGCCGGUUACAGUAUGUUUGGUUACACUGGCCAGUAUAGCUAGCGAGCCUUAAUUUGACGAAGCAACAAAGGAGAUCGAAGAGCCGAGACCAGCAGUUUUGUUUUUUGUUUUUUUUUAUCUUACUUUAUUUUCCUGUGGGGAAGGGUAGGUCUAAUUUUUAUUUUUAUUUUAAGUUUAACUUUAGGUGGGGAUAAUUAUUUUAGCGCACAGGGCGGAGUUCGCUACUUAGAGAUAUGGCGACCAAUUUCGAACAAUUAUAGUCCUCCGUGCUUUGCUCGGCCUGUGCUAGGCGCUAGUGUUGACGUUAAAGUCGAAAAACACUAUCGAGACCCGUUGAUAGGGUCUAGCCGGUGUUCUGACAAACCAUGCUACUUUGGCAAAACGUCCUACCGUAAGUAGUUUAUGCACAUUUCUGCUGUCACAGAGUAAUUCCAGCACCAAUUUAAGUAGGUAUGACGGUUUGCCACUUAACUUUGCCCAUCAGAGUAUACUUGUAGCUCAUAUGCAUACAGCCAGGAUGGUUUGCCACUUCAUUUUACCCGUUAAAGUAUGUUUGUAGGUAACAUUCACAAAGGUAGGAUGGUUUGGCAGUUAAUUUUACCGGUCAAAGUAUUUUUCUAGCUAAUAUUCACAAAGGUAGGACGGUUUGCCACUGAAUUUCGUGUUGUGCGCAUGCGCAGAAACAACGGGUAGGAUGGUUUGCCAGGUAGGAUGGAUUCCCAGAACACCGGGACUGCCUCCCUGUGGCUGGCCAAUGGACGACUAACAGGGCAGGUCUACAUAUGGAGAAUAUGCUGAAGCAAGCGCUGUGAAUCUGUGCUUACGGGGAACAGUGGAGAGAGCUGCAAGAUGGAGAGCACAGUGGUCAGGACCUCAGACUCCUUCACUGAUGAAAAUUUUUAUUUGAAAUGGAUCAACAGUCUCCUGAAGACAAACUUCAAAAAUGUGGAGGAGAUGGGUUCAGGUGCGUGCCACUGUCAGAUGAUGGACUGUGUUUUUCCUGGAUCUGUUGACAUGACCAAGGUGAAGUUUGAUGCACAAAGUGAGGACGACUGUAAGCACAAUUUCAGUAUACUCCAUGAGGCCUUCAGCACAAAUGGUAUCACAAAGAAAAUUCCAGUUGAGAAGCUCAUAAAAGGGGAUUUUAACAGCAACUUUAAGUUCCUCAAGUGGUUCAAGAGCUUCUACACAGAAAAUGUGAAAAGUAAUGAUUACGACCCUGUGAAAGCUCGUGACAGCUGUGAUAUCAGCCCUAUUUUGGUGUCUCCUAAGUCAGAGAGAUCUAAAGAGUCUGACACGGAAGAAAACAGCAAAACGACUAAAAGGUUUCCUUACAGCGAGAAGUGGAAAGAUGUUUUUGCUUGGGCUGACCGCAGUCCUCGCGGAGACAACUAUACCUACUGUUCCUCUUGUGGUACUGACCUUAGCACUAUUAACAAAGGCUUUUUUGAACUUAAGCGCCACGUGGAAACAACCAAACACAGGAAAAGGGCUGCGAAGAAAAGAUGUGGUCCAAGAACACAGGUCACUGAGUCGCUGCCUUGCAGUGAUGAAGCUGUCCAGUUUAUUUACAAUCACUGUUACACUGGAUCUGCUAAAGGUCAGCAGGGAUCUAGACAUUUUGCACGCUGUAAGCUGGGAUCACAGUACCCCAAAGAUAUCAUAUCUGCCUGCGAAAACACUCCUUAUUGUUUAUACAUUUAUGGAGGGGUACCUGUAGGAAAAGAUGAAGCAGUUUCUGUGUUGCUUGUUGGGUUUUUUGAUGUUGAAGCCUCUAGUCGCUGCAUCAGAUUUCUGGAUGCUCUUCAGGCAGGGGACAGUGCAGGAGAUCAGUAUGCAGCAGCAGUUGUGGAUAGCUUGAAGAAAUUUGGGCUAUCCACAGAUAAUCUCGCUGCCGUUUAUCUAACUGGCAAUGGUUCAGCCACAGAGGAAAUCUGUUCUAAACUCAGGGAAUUCAACGCAAACAUCGUAGCCUUAGGAGGCCUGUACACCAUCGCUGAUGCUGCUUGUCGUGCUGCCAUCAAGGAGCUCUCCAAUCAGGCUCAAGAACUGAUGGUAGACCUCCAUGAACACUACUCCGCCUGCUCUACAAAGAAUGAAAACCUCAAAGAUCUUUUUGACUCAGAUGUCAGCAAUGACAGCGCAUCACUUCACACCAACACCAGCUGCUUUAGAGUUUGUCUGUUGGUCACAAAAAUAUUGGAAAUGUGGACCGAUCUCACACUGUACUUUAGUUCUUGCAAUGAAGAUGAGAAGACCAAGUCCAUCUGUUCUCAGCUUAAGGAUCCCAGAGUUAAGGCAAUGUUUAUGUUCCUGCAGCAGGCCUUAGAGCCUCUGCACAGUUUUCAAAGGAAAACACAGGAAGCUUCUGGUACUAAUAUUGAGCUUAUUCUAGCAGAAGCCAAUAGUCUGAUUUCCAUUUACACCUCCUACUUCCUCAGUCCACAGGCUGCUGAUCGUUUCCUCAUUGAACGUGAUGUCCAAAUUCUUAAGAACAAGAACUUUCACCUGCCAACCUCUGAACUCUGUCUGGGUAAAAAAACUGUGGAAGACUUUCUGAAAACAUCUGAAGCUGCUGAGGCACUGCCACUAUUACAGGAGGACAUAUUAUCAUUUUAUAUUACACUCACUGGUUGUAUCGCAGAGGAGCUGCCUUUAAAUGACUCAGUGCUGAAGAGCAUCGCUCAGCUGCUGAACCCACAGAGCAGGCUGAAAGUGACAGAGGAAACAGUCGGGGAGCUGGGCACCAAGCUGGGAAUCUGCAACUCCCCUGAGGAAGUCAAACAGCUCACGAAUGAAUUCCUUGAGUAUCAGAAGGCUCAGGAGAAAGAGGCCGAGGAUGGAGGGAAGGACAGCGCAGCUGUGGUUUCACUGGAAAACAUACUGAAUGACACCAAGCCAGCCUCGAUCUUCAGGAAGCUUCUUUUGAUCCUUUUGUCUUUCCCAUGUCCUCCGCUGGAUGCGCAGCAGGUUUUUACUCAGGCCUUGCAGAAUGAUCAUGUUCGUGGAGUCUCUGACAGUGAAGCCUUAACAGAAAGUGAGUUGGAUGUUACGUCUGACAAUUUCUCUGACAGCAGCAAGAACUAUCAAGUUCGUACACGAGGUCAGAAUGGCCUUCCUUUGAAAGUGAAACCAUGUGAAGUUCGCCUUACAAAAAUAGAGCCAGGUGAUGGAUAUGAAAAUAAACUUGGAGUGAAUGGUGCCUUAUGGAAAGAGUCGGAAGACUCUUCAACGCCCAAUAAACACACACCAACCAGAGCACGACGUAAACCGGCCUACCAGGAUGGUAAAGGGUUUCUUACAGGAGUGCUGGUGUGGGGUAAGAUUAAGGGGUUUAACUGGUGGCCUGGGAUGGUGGUGGCAUGGAAAACCAAGUGCGCUCCUGUGGGUAUGCGGAGGGUGGAGUGGUUUGGAGACGGGAUGUUCUCAGAGGUAUACACUGAGGGUCUUACGCCAUUUGCUGCCUUCACUAGGUGCUUCUGCAAAAACUCCUUUGCCAGCUUGCCCAUAUACAAGAAAGCAAUCUACCAAAUCCUUGAGUUGGCAGGUGAGAGGUGUGGAAAGUCUUUUCCUGAGGCUCAAGGCAAUGAAGAAAAAGAGCUGAAGCUGAUGUUGGACUGGGCCUUUGAAGGAUUUCUGCCAACAGGACCUGAUGGAUUUAUACCUGUUGACUCUUCUCCACAUGGUCAUUCCUCUGACUCGACUCUGUCUGACGCCCCGCCUCCGGCGAAAAGAAAAUAUGUUUUGAAAAAUAAGGGAAAUGUCCCCGCCAUCAUCUAUAACAAAGAAUCAAUAAUAGAAGGCGUCAAAGAAAAGGGAAAAACAAUUGAAGAUUUUUGUUUGUCUUGUGGAUCUACUGAUAUUGACGUCCAGCACCCAUUAUUUAAAGGUGGUCUUUGUCUAAAAUGCAAGGAGAACUUCACAGAAACCUUGUACCGCUACGAUGACGACGGCUACCAGUCAUACUGCACCAUAUGCUGUGCAGGCUUAGAGGUCAUUCUGUGUGGCAAUCCCAGCUGCUGCAGAUGCUACUGUAAGGACUGUGUGAACAUCCUGGUGGGCCCAGAAACCUUUGAUAAGCUGAAAGAUGUCGAUCCGUGGAGCUGCUACAUAUGCAAGCCAUCACAGUGUGAAGGAAACCUCAAACUCAGGGCAGACUGGAGUGUGAAGAUCCAAGACUUCUUUGCCAACAACAGCGCAAUGGAGUUUGAGCCUCACAGAGUUUACCCUUCAAUUCCUGCUGAUCAGCGCAGGCCAAUCAAGGUGCUCUCGCUUUUUGAUGGCAUUGCAACAGGAUAUCUGGUGCUCAAAGACCUGGGCCUUAAGAUCGAGCGCUACAUUGCCUCAGAGAUUUGUGAUGAUUCAAUUGCUGUAGGGAUGGUCAAGCACGAGGGAAAGAUUGAAUACGUCAAUGACGUUCGCACCAUUACAAGGAAACAUCUGGCCGAAUGGGGUCCUUUCGAUCUUCUGAUUGGAGGCAGUCCAUGUAACGACCUGUCCAUGGUGAACCCUCUUCGAAAAGGAUUAUUUGAGGGUACUGGAAGACUCUUUUUUGAGUUCUACCGCAUACUGACCUUGUUGAGGCCGAAAGAGGACGACAACCGUCCGUUUUUCUGGUUGUUUGAAAACGUGGUUUUCAUGAGUGCCAACGACAAAUCGGAUAUCUGCAGAUUCCUGGAGUGUAAUCCAAUUCUUAUCGAUGCAGUAAAAGUCAGUCCUGCUCAUAGAGCACGCUACUUUUGGGGAAACCUGCCUGGCAUGAACAGACCUGUCGCGACAUCUCUAGACGACAAGGUGACUCUGCAGGAUUGUUUGGAAUCCGGACGCCAGGCAAAGUUUGACAAAGUCCGUACUAUCACAACAAAGUCUAACUCAAUAAGGCAGGGGAAGAUGGGACCGCUGCCCGUCGACAUGAAUGGCAAGGAAGACUACCUGUGGUGCACUGAAAUGGAACAGAUUUUUGGUUUCCCCAAACACUACACUGACGUGAACAACAUGGGCCGGAUGCAAAGGCAGAAAGUCCUGGGUCGCUCCUGGAGUGUGCCUGUGAUUCGUCACCUGUUUGCCCCGCUGAAGGAUUAUUUUGAAUGUGAAUAGCCACUGUGAAGCAAAUCCUUGCAUCAGAGCUGGAGCGGUAAACCUGAUGCCUUAUCCUGCCCCGCCUUGCUAGUUAGUUUAAACUCUCCGGUCUCUCUUUAGAGGACCGAAUGUAGCUUUGACUUUUAGAAAUAUUUUGUUCAUGAAUUCAUUUCUUUUUUGUUUUAUCCUGUCAGUCAUCAAUGAUCCUCCACCACCAGCAGGCACAGACACUUUUUGGUUCUUUUAAGAAAUUAGGUUGCUCAGAACACAGGCCUGCAUCAUGAAGUGAGCUGAGGUGGUUUGCGAGCCAUCUUUGGGCUUUUAUGGAUCAGUGGAGUCUCCUUGCUUACCUUAAUCAUGAAUGGAAAGAUCAUAGCCGCUUAUCAAAUCCACAUAUUGAUUUUAAUUAGGUUUUUAAUUAAAUAUGACUGCAGUGUUUUUGUAUGACAGGCUACAGUCAGGGUUUGGGUUUUUUUUUUUUUUACUCUGUAUGAUGUGAAAAGAUGCACAGGAAGUGUUCCUGUUAUGGUUCAGUGUCAGCGAUUUCAAACUGAUAACAUGCACGGUUAGCGGUAACUUCAUGUCCGCAGUGAAGCAUACAAGAGCCAGAUAUUUCCCUCUGGACCCACAGGAGAGCCAAAACACACUAAACGCAUCUUUUGCCUCAGCUUUUCUUCCUCUGGCCUUACGUGGCCUAAAAUCAGUCACUAUAGGAUUAAUUUGUUCUUUUGUCUGUUUUGCUUAUAAAAUGAGACAAAUAUGUAGACCCUGAGCCCGGUCCAAGGUCCCAGAGAGCCGCUGAACUCCCUUCGUGAUGCAGGCCUCCUCACUACCUCAGCAAUGGUUUCAAAUCUGCAGCUACAGGUGAACACAAACCAUUAUUGCUUUGUUUCUAUGUGAUCUGUAUUUUAUCAUGUUUUUAUUGUUUAAUCCUUCCAGGCAGGGAUUUUAAGUCCGACCUAAUCCUUACUGUGAUGAAUUUUAUUGCGUUUUACUUACAUUUUUUAAUCUUUAAACACUGUUUUACUCAGUCUGAACAAUCCCACCAUGGUGCUUCUAAUAGUGGUGAUUUUUACCCCACAAGUGGGCAUUUGUGCUACAAUUCUGUCUUUUUUAAGGAGUUUUACUUACACAAGAUCAAAAAUAUUUUGAAUCUGCUUACUGACGACAAGCUGAGUAUUUUAAUAAGCCACACAAGUCAGACUUUGUCAGACUUUGUCAGAACAUGCAGUGUUUACUAAAGUGGGAAAUAGUUAUGGCUAAAUGACUGUAACUAUGGUUUAAUUGCUGUAAAACAAAAAGGGCAGGUAUAUUUAUAACAUGAAAAAGGUAGAAUAUAACUAUUAAACAUUCAAACCUUCAUUUUCAGGUUUCCCCCCUCUAAAUGGUUAUUUUUUAUUUCCAGUGGUUUCUUUUCUGGCCAGUAAAAAAGUUAAACUAUUUUUUAAAACACAGGAAAUUAAUAGGUUCUGAAACUAAAUAAAGCCCUUAACAUCAUUUGAAGAAACAACCUUUGAUUUUAUGUUCAAAAUCUGUAUUUUGUUAAAGGGAUAUCCACUGGAGUUGAAGUGGGGCUGGGCUGUACUUUAAUGUAAUACCACAUUGUACCACAGCAUGGUAAACUGGGUCAGUGUAACCCUUAUUUAACAAUGUAGGCCAUUCAAAGUUCACUAAUAUUUGCAGUCCUGGCCUGGUAAUGUUUCUGGGUGUGUACAAAAUACACAUCCAGAAACAUUUCAACACACCCACUGAUAAAUGCUGCCCCCUCAUGGUGAAAGUUUAAAUUCACAGAGGGGAAGUUCUAAAAGUACUUUGAGGCAACUGGCUGCCAAACAUUGUUAACAAAUUCAAUAAUUAUUAAUUUUUAAUUAGAAAAAUAAAAUAAAAACUGUUAAUUCAUCUGCUGCGUUCAUGUGUAAAACUGCUGAACUGUAAAAUAAGACUGUCAUUGUAGAAAAAAAAAUGGGGUACAGUAGUGCAACUUUUCAUGCAACUUUUAACUGUUUCAUAGUUAGAUUCAAUAUUAUGUGGCAAUUUUUUAAAUUUCAUAGUGUUUAUGUAUGUAUUUUGUACUCAGCAUCCAUAUUUUCUGAUUUUCAUCAAGCAGUAAACACGAAACUGCACCAGGACAUAAGUUUUACAAGUUUUAUCAAAACUGCAGCCUCAAACAAGGACCUGAAACGUCUGCUUAAUCUGCUGGUCCAUGUCUAAUUACAUGGCCUAACAGCUGCAGCUAUUUGCUAGAGAAAAUUACAUGAUAAUCUUUUUUAAUUCUAUUGUUCAGGUUAUGUAUCAAGCAAAGAAAAAAGAAAUCACCAGUGAUUGUUUCAGUUUCUCAAAUGUGCUUUUCUAUCCCUGAGAUCAUAAUAAAUUCAUAAUAAUUAACAAUCAAAUAAUGACAGUUUAGAAUUAUUUUUAUUUUCUUUUAGUUAUUUUUUUUAAAGCGAGUUCUCAGUUUCAGGGUCUUAAAAUUGCUCUUUUUUUUUUCCCUUUUAACCAAAUAUAAGCUGAAUAGCUCUGGGGAAAAUUACUGGUCUGUGGUGUUCAUGCUUUGUAACAUUUUUCUGUAGUUCAAAAUCUACAGUUCAUUGUUUUGAAAGUGUAAUCAGCAGAAUGAUUAAUUGUUACUUCCAGCACUAAUUUUUGGGGAUUAUGAUGAUGUUGCUGACUGAGGACGAGGGGGGGACAACACACUCGUCAUGUCGUGCUGCAGAAAAUCGUACUGUAAUCAUGUUUUUCAGUUCUCCAAAGUGUUGAUUAAUCAGGUAAAUGAUGGAGAGACUAAUAACAGAAAUGCACUGUUUCAAAGCGACAUCAGGUAACAUCAGUGCUGAUGCUUCACACAAACCACUGAUGCAGACCUGAACAUUUGGUGCUGUUUUUAAAAUACUGUAAGGUUUAAGUUUUUAAUGUUAUGUUAGUUUUACUGAAGAUUUAGUACCCUUCAUCCUGAGUCACUGUGUUUGAUCGCAUAAUUAUUUCGUACUGUCAACAUAUUCACACAACAGAGGCUGAAAGUUAGAUGUUGUUUUUUUACCUCAUUUCUUUUGGGAUUUCUGAUGGUGCUACUGCAACGGUGCUAACUUUGCAUGCUUGUUACACUCUUUUUUUUUUCUCCCCAUAUUAUGCUGGCAUUAGUUGAAAGUGAACUGUGUAGGUUUUUGUUUUGCAGUGUACUCGGAUGUUCAAGUGUUUUUGUUUUAACCAAAUGACGUAGAAAAAUAUUAGCAUGAUAGUUAAUUAUCUUUGUGAAGGGGGAAAAAUGUUGGGGCAUAAUGAAAGUGUUCAUAGGAUUUUACUCAGGCAUUACAAAAAAAAGGUGCUGUUAAAGGAAAAAGUUUGUCUUUUAUUUUCAUUUAUGUCUGAACUAGUUUAGCCAAAAAUGCCUUUCCUUGAGCCAAAAUCUGUUUUACUGAUAACAAAAUAAAGACCAACAAAACUGG